AUGGGUUUUAGGAGUGACACUCUUGAGGUUAUAGAGAUCAACGAGAAGAAGGAGCUUCCAAAGAAGAGCUUAGAGAAUUCAAUAGAGGUCUUGCCCUUGAUUAAAAGUCUUGGGAUAGCUCACCAUCUUAUAGAUGAUGUACCAGCCAAAGAAAUGAUCGAAGAAGAUGGAAAGAAAGUUUCAAAUUCGCAAUACAUGCAAUGGCUCCAUAAUGACGGACUACUUGUUUCAUGGCUCCUGGGCAUCCUGACUGAGGACACCCACAGCAUGAUCAUGGGGAGUGAAACAUCAAAGCAAAUAUGGAAUAGCUUGGAAGAGCAAUUACUUCCAAACACCAUAGAACAAGAAGAGAAUUUGAAGGAUUCCUUGGCUUGCUUGAAGAAAGGAUCCUUAUCCAUUACAGAAUAUAUUAAAAAAUUCAAAGCUAUAUGUGACAACUUUGCAUCGAUCAACAAGCCGAUUCCCGAAACCGAAAAAGUCUUCAAAUUGGCUCGCGGGCUUGGUCCUAAAUACCAAGAUUUUCGAAUGGUAAUGCUUUCAAAGCCACCAUAUCCUUCAUUUACUCAAUUUGUUCUCUCUUUACAAAAUCAUGAGCAAAUGAUAACUGAACAACGUGAAGAAGAGAAGCGAAUUGUAGAUCAUGCACAAGCCUUCUUUGGACAAAGAGGGUGA